AUCGACUCCUUUUGACGACUCCUAAAAGCAGUUGAAAUAAAUGAGUCAACUUGUAUGUUGAUCCUUGGAAUAACUUUUGUAACACUCCAUAAAUAACGUUGAACCAUCAAAUUCGGAAUGAUUCUGAAUAUGGAACAGCAAUCCUAUUUAUAUUUUCCGUCACAGAUUUCCAUCUCGACCUUGCCGAGUAUCCAAGAAAACAACGCGUUGGAAUUAGAAGAGGAUGCAAAUGAAUGUCUUUGGAAUAAUUCCAGCUACAUGGUCGACAAAGACGGGAGAGAUAUAGUCACAUUUCUCAUGGACUCUCCCAACGAAAAACAGUGGCCGUACGCGAACGACAGGGAAGCAGAUGCGCAUCAACAGCAGUCGCCUGAUAACAGUUGGAGCAGUGCCGGCUCAGACUAUUGCAAUUCCCACGAACCGGAAACGUGCUCUAAAAGGUCUUCCGUCGCUUUAAGCGGUUCUAGUGAUGAUACCGGAGAAUUACCUGCCAUAGGAACGGACUUUACCAGAGAUUUUUAUAGGUUAGUCAAGUUCGAGAGCACGAAAAGCCUGGCUUCGACCUCGUCUCGAAGCCUCGGCGGAGCCUUGAGCGAAAACGGAGAUCGAGAGGCGACUUUGCAGAACGUGCUCACAUUUAUUGCCGAGCAACAGAAGUACGUCAAUUUCCGAGACGCCGGUCGGCCUUGUUCGGUCAACGAAGUGACGAAGGAGUUCAACGUCGAAGCGCCGCAACAGAAACCUGAAGAAAUCAAGACGGCCGACGGUGACGUCGUCAGGAACGACUCGAAACCCGCGCACGACGAGAAUUACGUCACGCUGAAGCAGCUUUGCGAGGAGUUCGGACUCAAGGAAAAGGAGAAAGAGAAGGAUAAGAUCAGAGAAGACUUAAUCGAGGAAAAUAUCAAGCAGAAUAUCGCCUAUGCCGAAGAAGUGUGUUUAGUGACGCCCAUAGACGUCGAAAGCGAAAAUUGCUCGAACAUUAGCGAACACCCUGUGGACAUUUGCAGUAGCGUAAACGUAGAACUAACCUCGGUGGAUUACCAAAGUACUGGACUGCAGGAUAGUGAUAAAAUCACCGACAAACAUGUAGAUAGUGAGAAUAUAGUGACGACGAAUAGUGAUUUAACGAAAUCGAGUGAUACUGCUUUUAGUGAUAUUUGUACAAGUGAAUCGGUGACUUCCAGUGUUAGCACGCCCGAUACGACGGUGUCUAAAAUACCGAGACGGAAAGCGAACUCGAGGAUUCCAAUCAGUCCUGCCAGAGUGAUCGCUGUGAAUAAUAACAAUAAUAAGGAGAACCUGCAGGAAACGAAGAUACCAAAAAGCAAAAUACCGUACAAGAGCAACAAAUCCAAAUUGAAGAAAAUCGUCCACGUUCAACAGCAACCGGUCCCGCCGCAACACAUCAUCACCUCCGAGAAGUUGCCCCAAAGCACGUCAGGUGUGCUGAGCAACAUCAUCGAGGGGCCUCCACAUCGCGCGGUCAGCUUCCACGAAAGGGCCACUUCGAAGGAUGUCAUCGACGAACUGAACAGGAUGAUAAAGAGCGGCGAGGAGAGUGCUGCUAGUCAAGAAGAGGGACACGUCGAGAAGUUGGACCAGGCCUGCAAGCCCACCGGAUGGGUGCAUGUUGAAAAGGAUAUUGAUCUCACCGACCCGAAGGCUCGAGCAAAUCUGUUAGACGUAAUGAUGGCGUCCGUAUCGAGCGACUCGUCUCCGACCUCAUCUUGUGGUGGGAGCGUCGCCAGCGACUCUACGGAAGAUCCUCCAGACUAUGGACAUUUACACAGAAUCCAUAAGUAUCAUAGGCAGAAAAAAGCGCGCGCCACUCGCCCCCAAUUGGCCGUGGUUAGGGCGACGUCGCUAUCCGCAACCGCCCGACCUACGAUCAUCGGACGCAACGACUUAUUCGUACGAUACGGCGAUAAGGAGAAGGAGGCCGUCGCGUUGUUCGACUUCCUGGACGAGUUCAGUUCGACCAGUGGCGGACCGUCGCUGGGCUGUACGCCUGAAGAGGACGAAGAGGAAAGGCAGCCGCGGGAGAAAAUCAGGUGCAGGACCACCGAGGUGUAGGGAGGCGAUGUGAUCGUUAACAAUGGAGUUGGUAGAAUUAAUUGAAAGUCUUUUAUUGUUAUCUUAUAGCAGCGUUGCCAUCAGACGUUAAGGGAGAGCAUAGAAGGAGUUGUCCAUGCAUACUACAGAAUGGCGACCCAUGUUCAUAUGUCAAUUCCAGCUGUGAAGUGUCAAGUAAAACCUUGACCUUUGUACGGUUUUUGGUAAACAAACCAUCAAAGAGUCCGAAGUAAACAAACUGAUGAUUGAAUUUGAUUUGGUGUUACUAUUUUUACUUCCUUAUAUUGAAUGCUGGUCUCAACUCACUUGGUACAUGUAGAAUGAAAGGUUCAAGAAGAGUGUUGGUAAACAAUAAUUCAGGAAGUUUUGUAAUAAAUUGUGCAUAUGAAACAAAAAGGAUCAGUGAAUAAUGAGCAGAACAAGUAGCAAGAAGAAACUACAGUCCAUGUUAUAUGUGACUGCUGGCGGCUGGGCUGCUUUUGCAGGGAUAAGUUUUUACAAAGGGGAUGAAAAGUUUUACAAGAACUAUGUUAUGCCAGUUGUACAUAUGCUAGAUCCUGAAAAAGCCCACAAUUUAGCUGUUUGGGCUAGCAAACAUAGACUCAUCCCUAAGAGUCAAUAUAAAGAUCCAGAUUUAUUGAAAUUAAAGGUUUUUGGAAAAGAAUUCUCAAAUCCAAUUGGAAUUGCUGCAGGGUUUGACAAGGAUGGCAAAGCCAUAUUGGGAUUGAAAGAUAUUGGGUUUGGCUUUGUUGAAGUUGGAUCUGUAACACCCCUAGCACAACAAGGAAAUGAAAAACCCAGAGUAUUCAGACUGAAAGAUGACCAAGCAGUUAUUAAUAGGUAUGGUUUUAAUAGUGAAGGUCAUAUUGCCGUACUACAAAGAAUUGCGAAUGUACGAGAUGCUAAUGAGGAAAUCCCAAUUAUUGGAGUUAAUUUGGGAAAAAACAAAACAUCGCCUGAUGCAAUUAAGGAUUAUGUGGAGGGGAUUCAGAAAUUCGGGCCUCUUUCUGACUAUUUAGUCAUUAAUAUCAGUAGCCCCAACACGCCUAAUCUGAGGGACCUCCAACACAAAGAGAACUUGAGCAAACUGUUAAAGGCCUUAAUCGAAGCCAGAGACAACCUGCCGGUAUCGAAAAAGCCACCGUUGCUGCUCAAACUUGCGCCCGACCUCAGCCGUCAAGAAAUGACGGAUAUCGCCGAUGUGUUGAAACGAAGAGAGUGCAGGGUGGACGGGCUGAUAGUCUGCAACACGACCGUCACAAGGCCGGAAACGCUGAAAGACGAGAAGAACAAGAACGAAACCGGCGGAUUGAGCGGACAGCCGUUGAAAGAUUUGUCCACGGAAAUGAUCAGGGAUAUGAGCGAGCUGACCGAUGGAUUGCCGAUCAUCGGGGUCGGAGGCAUUUCUUCUGGGGAAGACGCAUAUGAAAAGAUCAAAGCUGGCGCAUCAUUGCUGCAGCUUUACACGUCUUUGGCAUACGACGGACCGCCUGUUGUUACAAGAGUUAAGAGGGAACUGGCUGAACUGUUGGCUAAAGAUGGAUUUACAAAUAUUUCGCAAGCAAUCGGUGUUGCUAGGUAACGUCUGGUUCUGAUGAGUGCGAUUAUAAAAUUUACAAUAAUAUAUAUAUAAUUACAAAAUACAUAAUUUACCCUCUUUUGUACAAAUUAAUGAAUAUUUUAUUAUACCAGCAACCAAUAAAUUCUUUAUAUAGAAA